CGUGGAGGCGGCGGGGCGAGCUGUCAGCCAGCUAGGACCCGUGGAGGCUACUACCCGACGUGGGACGUGUUCCGCGCGGGUUACGUAACGCGCGAAGCCCGGACGCUUCAUGUUACCGCGAGCCGAUCUCACGCGCUCAUGUGCGGGCUAAGCUUCAGAACAAGGAAUAGCCCUUCGCAGAAGACCUCACUCCGGUGGGGCGACAGCUGCGCACACACCACCACAGCCAGUGACUAGACACGACCCCGCGAGUGACAUAACCCUAGUGUUAUUUGUAAUAUAUAUUAUCAUGAUUGCUUAUAUUAAGUCUUUACACGCAUAACUCUUUCGCGAGUCUAUUUCAGUGAGGCGUUAUUGUGAGAUAUUUACUAAAAGGGAACAAGCAAACCGGUGAAGAUGAUUAACAUAGCGGGCGUGAUAUCGAUCAUCCUGUUCUACGUGCUGAUCCUGGCCGUGGGCAUCUGGGCGGGGCGCAAGAAGCCGGCGGGCAAUGACUCCGAGGAGGAGGUGAUGCUGGCCGGGCGCUCCAUCGGACUCUUCGUUGGGAUCUUCACGAUGACAGCGACGUGGGUUGGCGGCGGGUACAUCAACGGCACUGCGGAGGCCAUCUACACAUCAGGGCUGGUAUGGUGCCAGGCGCCCUUCGGAUACGCGCUCUCCCUCGUGUUUGGUGGGAUCUUCUUCGCGAACCCGAUGCGCAAGCAGGGUUAUGUGACCAUGCUGGAUCCACUGCAGGACUCGUUCGGGAGUCGCAUGGGUGGUCUGCUGUUCUUGCCAGCACUCUGCGGGGAAGUGUUCUGGGCGGCCGGCAUCUUGGCUGCUCUGGGAGCCACCCUCGCCGUCAUCAUCGACAUGGACCAAAAGACGUCCGUUAUAUUCAGCGCGUGCGUGGCCGUCUUCUACACGCUGUUCGGGGGCCUCUACUCCGUUGCCUACACUGAUGUCAUCCAGCUGUUCUGCAUCUUCAUCGGCCUCUGGAUGUGCAUCCCCUUCGCGUGGGCCAACCCUCAUGUGAAACCCCUCAGCUCGAUGGAAGUCGACUGGAUCGGCAAAAUAGAUCCUGAGUACUAUUGGUUCUACAUCGACUACGGGCUGCUUCUUAUUUUCGGGGGGAUUCCCUGGCAGGUGUACUUCCAACGAGUGCUGAGCAGCAAGACGGCGGGGCGUGCGCAGGUCCUGUCCUACGUGGCAGCCAUUGGGUGCAUAUUCAUGGCCAUCCCGCCGGUGCUCAUCGGAGCCAUAGCUAAAGGAACAGCGUGGAACGAGACGGACUUCACGGGUACCCUGAGCGAGGAUGGCCAGCUGACUUCCGAUCAAACCUCCAUGAUCCUGCCCCUCGUGCUGCAACACCUCACGCCGGACUUCGUCUCUUUCUUCGGCCUGGGCGCGGUGUCUGCCGCCGUCAUGUCCUCCGCCGACUCCAGCGUUCUCAGCGCAUCCUCUAUGUUCGCCAGGAACGUGUACAAGCUGAUAUUCAGGCAGCGAGCGUCGGAAAUGGAGAUCAUCUGGGUGAUGCGUGUCUCCAUCCUGGUGGUAGGAGUGCUGUCCACCAUCAUGGCGCUUACCAUCCCCUCCAUCUAUGGGCUUUGGUCGAUGUGCUCGGAUCUGGUGUACGUGAUCCUGUUCCCGCAGCUGCUGAUGGUGGUGCACUUCAAGAAUUACUGUAACACGUACGGAUCGCUGGCAGCCUACAUGGUGGCGCUGCUGGUGCGGCUCACGGGUGGUGAGAAGCUGCUGGGGCUUCCAGCGCUGGUGCACUACCCAGGCUGGGAUGCUGAAAACGAGGUGCAGCUGUUCCCCUUCCGUACGCUGGCCAUGACGCUCUCACUCUUCACGCUCGCCUUCAUCUCUUGGCUCUCUGUGUACCUGUUCAAGAAGGGAUACCUGAGCCCUGAGUCAGACUACUUUAACUGCGUGGUGAACAUCCCCGAGGACAUCCGGCGUGUGGACGAGCCGUCCGAGGCUGGUGAGCAGAUGUCGGUGUUGAGUGGAGCCCCAGGCCGGCUGUACGGCGCUGCCGGCCUGGUGGGGCCCGACGAGCGUGGUGGCCGAGACAACCCUGCGCUGGAGCCUGAUGAUGACCUGGACGACCCCAACGACGGGCCUGCGCCGCUCACCGGCCACCAGACUGCCUUUUGAGACCAGCACCGCUCCGACUGCCAGCAGAUCCCACCGGCUGUAUACUAGCCUGGUUUGGCUCAAACAACUGUUGGUUGUUACAGGCUACAGGCCGGUGAGUACAGAAGCAAUAGCAACGUAGGUUUAUGAAUUAAAGAGAAUUUAUUUGAACUCAGAACAAAAGAAUUGCCGGAGUGAGCAGACUGUUAUAUUGAACCUCAUGUGCGUCGUGCACUGACCUGUAUAAAUACCACUGGACAGGCUCUUCCAUAUGUUUCACAGCAAAUUUUUUGUGCCUAUUUGAAGCGUCACUCGCGAGCGUCCAGAGAACUAAUUUUGACGUAUUAAUUAUACUAUUUUUGCAUUUUGAAUAAUUUUCGCUCGAACGCAAUAAAGUAUACAAUUUUUUUUUGUAAAUUGUUUCCCACCAUCUAUCGAUGUUUGCUGAGGUUGUCAUUACUAGUUUUAGUACCGCAGACUCUCGCUACAUGGCCAACAGCGCCAAAAUGGCGAAUAUGAAACUGGCACAAAAGCAAUUAGACAGCCGCCAGUCCAGUGGUAGUAGAGGUCAGUGGCGUCGUCCCAUUAUUUACCUUUUCUAUUCUAUUCAUACAUAUAGAUAAAAUUGGAGGUCGUCGAGAAAAAUGAAUACAUAUCUUAAUCCCUUGUCCAAUCUGUGGUAAGAAAUAUCAGCUAGUUCUAGCAGAAUUUAGUAUUUUUGGAGUGCAACGUAUUAAAAUGAAUCGAGCGCUUUAUAAAGCCCUGUACACACGGCGGAGCUUAUUGUCUGAUGUUGUGUCAUUGGUAUGGCUUUACUGAAGAUUGGAUUGAUGGUGUUAACAAUCCUUUGUUCUGAGUUCCGUAGUCACUAUACUCUCUAGUCGUAAUGAAUGUUGAUUGUGAUAAAUUAAAGCAACGCAAACAUAUCAAAUUGUGAAUUAUUCAGCGUUUGAGAUACCUAUUGUUUAUUAUAUUGAUGAGAUUCCUUAUUUACGUCAAUUAGUAGGACGACUGCACACGGGUGCUGUUUAUAAUACCGUGUGCGUCGGCCCUUAUACAUAUAUAAAUGUCUAACGUAUUAUGUGCAAUAUAGCUCGCUUCAAGCACAAAGUAUAUGAAAAUAUUUCUAUAGAGUUUUAUUUAUUAUAAUUACUAUCUGUAUUUUUAUAAUCGAUAAUAGUUCGAAUGUAUUAUACUCAAAUCAGUGUCUGUUCGCACAUAGCUUGCAAAGCGAAAGUGUCUUGGAUCCGUUACAAAAUAAUCUAUUCAAUCCCAAUAGUUUGAGAUAUACGCUUAGUAUCAUAGAAGAAACAUAUCAUUUGGAAAAAAAUGUACAAAUAUAAGAGUGACAAAAUACUUAUCGCCUUUGCGUUUAUAUUUGUUUUAAUUAUUGUAUAUAACCUAUAACCCUCACUUCUGGGAUUAAUACACAAAUAAAAUUUGAAAACAAAAUUUUAUAAGCGAUGCGGGAUUCGAACCCACGACCUUUCGCGUUCCGAGCUAGUGCUCUUCCAACUGAGCUAACCGUUCGAGUGACGUAUCGUCAUAAAAUCUUGUAUGCUUUGUUCAACUCUCAGGUUGUGGCUUUACAAAUUGUCUAGAUUAUCAAGAGCGACAUCUCAAGUCAAUUUCCUAAUGCAAAUAUUGGGGUUGAGCAGGUUAUCAACUGUAAAGUAGAUCCUGUAGAAGAAGCCACAACCUGAGAGUUGAACAAAGCAUACAAGAUUUUAUGACGAUACGUCACUCGAACGGUUAGCUCAGUUGCAAGAACGCGAGAGAUCAUGGGUUCGAAUCCCGCAUCGUUCAUAAAAUUUUGUUUUCAAAUUUGAUUUGUGUAUUGUAUCUCUAUUUCUGGACAGGGCUGAGCUCCCAACGUAAAGAUGUUCUACUGUCUGUCCUUCCUUAAGCAGAAAAUAUUUAUGUUUUUCUCUUCCUCGAGCAUUAUCGAUUGCGAUUAUCUUAUUUGUACUUCCACGUAAUAUUAUUUGUAACAAACCUUACUUAUUUUUGAUGAUCCCUUAGCCCUGGUGGUUGAUAGAUUUUGUAAAUUAUUACAACAUUGAUUAUCCUGUAUAGAAUUUGAUACAACUACAAACUAUAGUCUUCGCUCUGUGAAUCAAGUUAGAUCUAAGUGUAAUGCUCAGUGUUCACUGUAUACAUAUAAUAUUAGUAUCGAACUAACAUUAACUGUCGGAAUACCUUCUCCUUUCCCACUCACGUCCAAUUACAAUGUAAUUAAUUAAAUAUAAAUAAAUGUUGCAGUACCAUUUCAAGCUUACAAUAUAGAUGUAUUUUUCAAAUCACUAUUUAUAUAAAUAUUCGAUGUAUUUAUUGGCUUUUCUAAAUUAUAUUAUAUUAUAUCGUUAUAUAUAUAGAUGUAUGUACUUAUGGAAAGUUUGUGAUAGUUCGCUCUCAGAGACUUUACGAAACAUAUCAAAUCUAUGCCUAUUGUUAUAUCUACUUGUAUGGAAUUAAUGUUUAGCCAACACUCUCCGUUGAAGUAGGUGAUCAUUUGGUUUAUUACUUCUUGUUUCGUGUGUAUACAUUAUAAAAAUCUAUUUAAGUUAAAAAAUCCGCUGUGUGUUUGUUCGCGCCACUGCAAGCGUUCAGAGUUUCGCGGAGUCUGUUGCAAGCUUCGGCUGCUACGAGCUAGAAUCACAGUCUGUACCCGGCCUAAAAGGUGUACCUUGUACAGUCGCUAGAAAAACUCUACAAAUUAGUUAAAAAAUAUCAUAAUUUAGUUAUUUUAUAUAAAAUAUUUAUUUUCGUUUCAAUAAAUAGUAUUUUUUAGUUAUCCAUGGUUGUGCUAACAUCUAAGUUAAUAAACCCACUACACUCACUCUGAUGAAAGAUCUCCGAAUGGUCAAAAACUAGUCCCUACCCACACCGAUAAAUAGUGAGUAAAGCCGUAUUAAUAAAUAAGAUCUUUAUUAACUUCUAAUGCUAGAAACACUAUGGAUUAACAAUAAAAGUGUGUGUGUACUUAGUGUGCAAGCAAGAAGUUAUACUUCUUUGGCCUAACAAAGCAAAAAUCCUUAAAAUUAUUUAUUCCUCGUGAUAUUCUACGUUUGUAGAAAGAACAAUAUUGUAAAUAUUUUGCAACGAUGGCUUUGACAAUUAAUUAUUAAAUAGCGAAUACGGCUGCACGGGCUUGAACUCUUUGCCUAUCCUAAUAAUGGACGGCGAAACCAAAAAUAAAUAAAGAAUUUCGCAAACGUCAGAAAAUUUUAGGAACCAACUUCAGCCUGUUACUUUUGUGUUACAGUGAUGCGCGCGCAUCUUAAAAUUUCACUCUCAUCAUAUUUUCAUAACGCGCCUAAAGAUGUAUAACUUCAAUAAGAUCUUCAUGAACUUCUAAUGCUAGCACCACUAUGGCUUUAUUAAAAUUAUUUGCGACUGUACCGAGCGCUUAGGGUGGGUACAGACUAUGAUACUAGCUCGUAGCAGCCGUAGCUUGCGACAGACGACCGUGAAACGUUGAAAGUUUAAUAAUUUAAUGAAAAUCUGGUCCGUAUGGUAAACUAUAAGAAAUAAUGACGUAUAGGAGAGUGUUGACCUCUACAGUAUAGACACUUAACAAAUAAUAUUUAGUGAAACAGAAACAUAUCAUUAUUUAUAAGUGUAGUGUAGGAAUUGUUGUUGUUCUUCUACGUCUCGGAACGCCUCACGUGCAGACAUUCAGUAAAUGAAACUAUUUAUGUAUUUAAUAAUAGUUCAGUAUGAAAAUAUCAUGAUGUAAUAAUAAUAGCAGAACCUUACAUUAAAGAUUGGUCACUACUGCGCUCUAGAUACCGCACUACUUAAGAACAAUAGCAUUUUUAUUACGGCAACUAUUAGAUGCUUUUGUGCGUGGCACUCAAUGGCAUCUUAAAAAUUUUGUACAUACGCUUCGUGUUAUUUUACACUGAAAUUAUUAAAAUACAAAAUACUUACUGAUGAUAUGUGAUCCCAGUGUCUUUCUUAUUUCUUGUAGUAUUAUUUUUAAAAAGUUUUACUACGCAACCCGGCAUUUAAAUUUCAAUUAUUAGCAAAGUUUAACUGUGGCACGUCAACGUCACACAUUGAUCGAGGCUGGCUCGAGUACUUGGGCGUAGUAUAAGUGGGAGCUUGGGCGUAGUAUUAGUUGCCGCACUUUGCGACUACGCCUGCGGUAUCUAGCUGGAGCGCAGCGGAGACCAAUCCUUAUUCUAAGAUCAGAACCAUUGAAGAAAUAAAACUUGUUACUCUUUAAAGUGUGCUAAAGCUUAGAGAAGAGUGCCAACUGUGCGUCAGGUAAUAAAAAAUGUUCCUUAUUCAAAUAUAUUAUUAUGUAUGUUAUAUUAAUUUAAUCUAAGUAAAGAAAUUUGUUGAGUUACCAUUUUAGAAUUUGUUAAUUACAAAUGUUUCUAUUUUUAUUCGUUGUUGUUCAUACAUCGCACAAUCCUGACAACUUUUCGGUAAUGUCUGUAUUUGAUGUGUGUAAUAAGGGUUGUCGCUCACUUAAACCUCUUGUAGCCCAAAUGCCAAAUUAUCAAAAUUAAAUGUCCGGACAAAUGCCACAUUUUGCCGUGAACAAAUUACCUUCUAUUGGUUUUAUUAAGUCUGGUCUCCGAGUUAAUACUUAGAGCAGUAUCUUUUUUUAAAUGUUCUGUAUGAAAUGAAUACUAUAUAAUAUGAGACAUAUAAUUAAAAUCGCAAUAUCGCAAUGACUGUAACUUUGAGGUAACCAUGCGAAUCACUUCGUUCUAGUUCUAGCAAUUUGACUUACGGCAAUAUACUUUCGUGAAGUGAUACAGAUAUUAUAUACUAGCUUUUAUUCGCGACUUCGUUGGCGUUGAAUAGUUACUUUUGGGUAAUUUUUAUUACUACUUAGAAUACUUCUAAUACAAUUAAUACACAUACAAACUGCUCUUUCCGCUGGCAGCUCUCUUAUCAUAAUACAGCGCAUAUCCCUUGUCAUUGUGGACAGUCUCUUAAUAGUAUUUUUCGGUGAACUUUAAUCUCUUAUUUGAUCCCCCUGUGGGUUAAAGUUUCAAAAAUGCUCCAACAAAUGUUUAUAAAUUAUUUCUUAUCAAGAGUCGAAAUACAAAGUUUCAUGAUUUUAUCUUCGAUAAUGACGAAUUUCCAUACAAACUGCCAUCCCCUAUUUCAACCCCUCCAUUUUUUUGUAAUAAAAGGUAAGCUAUGUAUUUUUUUCAAGCUCUAGUCUACCUCUGUACUAAAUUUUAUCAAAACCGAUUCGGUGGUUUAGGCGUGAAAGCGUAACAAACAAACUUUGCACAUUUAUAAUAUUAGUAAGGAUUAUAGUGGCACGUGGGAGGGUUGGGUGAGCGACGAGCCUUAUCGAGCGGUCCACUGUUAGCUAGGUGUAGUACUUACUUAUACUGACUUAUUCCUAGUUCUUGUUGAUCGUUUGAGAUGUUGUGUAUACUGGUGUACCUUACGUAGUGCGUGCGCGGGUCGAGCUCGAGCCGCCAGACCACUUGUAAACUGAAUAUAGUAUGUUGACUGGC